CUUGAUUCAUAAUGCCGCGUGAUAGCAUAGCCGGAGGAGCCAGCGAGCGAAGUCCAUUGUUGGUUCAUCAGCAGUUUUCUUCGCCUGAAUCCAGUCAAAGCGCUUCAGCCUCAAGUACGUCGAGCAGCGAGUCCGGCGACAAUAAAUCCAUUCGGAGCUUUUCAAAGCCCCCAACAGAUGAAGAGUCGCGUGCUGCCAAUGGCACUAUUGACAGCCAGCUCCAGCAAGCAAGCACAGCGGCUGUUGCUCGAAUAAUUGUAGUCUUACUCAUCGGAGUCUUCAUAUCCAACGCAGAUGGAUCGCUAGUGCUGGCUACACAUCCACUUAUUGCAUCCGAGUUCAAUGACCUCUCCGCUUCGAGUUGGCUGUUUACCAGCUUUGCCCUGGCUGGCGCCGCAACACAGUCUCUUUAUGGAAAACUAAGCGACAUUUAUGGCCGGAAGGCCUUGGUUUUGGUUGCGUAUGGCCUGUUUGCAUUUGGCCUUGUUGUUGUUGGUCUCGGGACCAGCAUGUGGCAGGUAAUCCUCGGCCGUGUCAUAUCGGGAGCCGGAGGAGCUGGGAUGACUGUUCUGGUUUCAAUUCUUAUCACAGAUCUAGUGCCGCUCCGACAAGUCGCAUCCUGGCGAUCCUACGUAAACGUUGUCGCGACCACUGGACGCAGUAUCGGAGGCCCCCUCGGUGGCUGGCUUGCAGACACGAUUGGCUGGAGAUGGUCCUUCUUUGGCCAAGCUCCGCUAAUAGUGCUUGCAAUGAUACUCUGCUGGGUAGUGCUUCCCAGCCACAAUCCGAAGCGUGACCCAAAAGAACCUCUGAACUCCGCAAAAGGUGGUAGUCGUUUCGCUCGAAUCGACUUUCUCGGUGCAGCUUUAAUGGCUGCCAUGAUUCUAUCCUUUCUCCUGCCAAUCGAGAUAGGAGGAGUCAAAGUACCAUGGAAACACCCGCUGAUCCCCGGUUUAUUCGGCCUAGGAAUCGUAUUAGCGGUCUUGUUCGUCAUGACCGAAGCGUGGUGGGCGAAAGAACCUGUCCUUCCUCUGCAGCUUUUGAGGCAGAGAGACGCCGUUGCAUCGUACCUAAUCAUGGCGUUUCAAACUGCAGCACAGUUGGGCAUGAUGUUUUCAGUCCCUCUUUACUUUCAGAUCACUUCCAAAGCAUCCAACACCAUGGCCGGCGCGCAUCUAGCCCCCGCCGUUGUCGGUAACGCUCUUGGCGGCAUCGCAUCAGGUCUUCUAAUAAGACGAUUUGGCCGUUACAAAGCGAUCGUUGUCCUCGCCGCCGUCUUUUCCUCGCUCAGCUACUCCCUGCUGAUUGUACGCUGGCGCGGCCACACAAAUUGGUGGGAGUCGCUUUACAUCAUCCCCGGCGGCUUCGGCCAAGGUCUCGCGCAGUCCGCCCUCUUCAUCAGCCUCCAGGCUGCUAUCGACCCCGCCCAUACUGCUGUCGCAACGUCGGCACUGUAUCUCACUGGUACGAUUGGCAUGAUCAUGGGUCUUGCGGGCGUCAGCGCGACGAUGCAGGAAACGCUGAGGAGGGGGCUAGAUAGGAGGUUGCUUAGUCUCGGAUUUGGGCAUAUUAAGAGGGGGAAGAUCAUCCAUAAGGCGGUUUCGGAUAUCGGGUAUGUGCAGAAUGCGACUGGGGCUGUGGGAGAAGCGGUUCUCGGGGCUUAUAUAGAAGGGAUCGAGUAUACGCAUGUGGUUUCUUUGGGUUGCUCAUUGCUUGCUUUCGUUGGCUCGCUUGUUUUGCAGGAGCACAAGUUAUAAAGGUGCAACAUAUGAGCUGACAGAAAUCAAAAGAACUUAGACACCUAGACAAUCAAAAAGCGUUUACUUCCAGUGCUCUUGGCAAUAACAAGUAGGAGUUGAAUCCCAUCGACCCUUUCGCUUUCGGCUUACUAACUAGUCCCAUCACGUGCUUCCCAUUCCGCAUCUAUGGUCUAUAGAACCCCCCUCCUUUCCCAUCUCUCUCUCCCUUUCCCCCUCCUCACUUCAAACCGCAUGCUCCCCAUUAUUCGUCCACGAAACCUUCACUUUCUUAGUCAAGCUUCUUGCUUAAUAUGACUGCAUGCUUUUCAGUUUCCAUCCAGGCGCAAGAUGUCUCCCUCUAUUCUUUCCGUAG